CCUCCCAAAGAUGGCGGCGCCCGCGCCGAGCCGGCCAGGCUUCGGUUUCCCCUUCCCCGUCCCUUCGCCUGGGGAUCCUGCGGAGGGGCGGCCUCCGCCGGCCGCCGACACGACGACGACGACGACGACGAAGAAGCAGAAGCCUCCUUGCCGGGCCUGCAUGGAUUUCCGGAGCUGGAUGCGGGAGCAGAAGAAACAGGUGGCCUCGGAAACUGAAGUCAAAGAGAUCGAGAUCCCGCCAGAUUGUCCCCUAGACAGAGAACAACUGGGGAGAUAUUCAUGGUCUUUUCUUCACACAAUGGCAGCAUAUUACCCGGACCGGCCAAGUAAAAUGGAGCAGCGAGACAUGAUACAGUUCAUCCACUUAUUUUCCAAGGUCUUCCCUUGUGAUGAAUGUGCAGAAGAUCUGAGAGAUAGAAUACGAAGAAAUCAACCUGAUGCCAGCAACAGACGUAACCUGACACAGUGGUUUUGCCAGAUUCACAAUGAGGUGAAUAAGAAGCUGGGAAAGCCAGAAUUCGACUGUUCUCUUGUAGAUGAGCGUUGGCGGGAUGGUUGGAAGGAUGGGUCCUGUGAUUAGCGAGGUUGUCUAACUUGAUUAAACCCCCCACCCCAUCAGAAUCAAACCAGGGACGGACCUUUGCCAGGAUAUGCAAAUGUGCCUUUGUAUGGGGUCUCACGUGAUGGACGCAGGGAGCAGGAGUCACUGCGUGUGCACUGCAUCGUUACCUCUGGUUUGGGGAAAUGCAGCACUAUCGUUCUUGCAAUGUUGUGGGAUACAUUUCUGCCUCCUGGUUGUCUCUUCCUCCUCACAGUCCUAGGUCUCUUCCAGCUGCAAGCAAGCACUGCCUUUAAAAUUUGGUCAGUUCUUGGAAGAGAUUCCUCUAACCCCUGGUCAUAGAUUCUCAAAGUCCUGCAUACCCUGUGAGCAGGUGCCCGUGCGCCCAGCCCCGCCCUCUUCUUGCUUUUGGUGUGGUUGCUUGUAAGUGUGUCCAGGCCUUGUUUCUAUUUUCUUCUAUUGCCCUUGUAAUCUGGAACACUCUUAGCCAUUUCAGAGUGGGAGUGACAUAAACUCAACUACUUGGGAACCGUUCCGGCUGACAUUUCUCAAGGGAUGUCUUCUUCACCAUGAAGCUCUCAAAGCACAGCAGCUGACAUUAUUAGUGUGCAAAUUUUGGUCUUUCCUUUCGGUUAUCAGCAAUAUGUGUUUGUCAUUAGCAUUUCCCUCUCUCUGGCCAGACCAGGGAAAAGAGGACAAUCCAAAUCAAUGCAUGAAAUAAGCACAGGAGAACCAUGAUUAGGCAGCUUAUGAAAUGCGCUGAAAUAACUCUUGGGAGUGAGAACUCACAAACCUUAUAUUAGUCCCACAGCAUGGGGGGAAGUCUCUGACGUUUCUUUUCAACCAAUUGGGUUUUUUUUAACCUGUCAGAACUUCAUAAGCCAAAGGUCAAUGAUCAGGGAGAGAGUCUAAAGGAAUGUGCUCUGAGCACACCAGAUCAGAGGCGUCUGCUGAAAAUCCAUGUGGCACAAUCAGCUCAGGCUGGCUGUGGCCAGUCAGCAGCAGGAACUUUUGUGGGGGCCAGAAGUUUAUGACCUAGCAUUUGGGUAUUUUCAAGAGAUUUUAGGCCAUGCACACAGUACAAAUGGGCUGGAAUCUUUCCCCUGCUGCUAAAGAGAAUUCUGAGUAGUAGAUGGUGCUGGAUCAGUAUAAAUGUAAAGUUAACUUUGGCCACAAGUAGAAUUCAGAAACAUUUUUCUCUUAAGAGAUAUUUCUGGAUCAGGCCAAUCUCUUUAUACAAUUAACAAUGGUUCCUUGAUUGCUCAUUCAAGCUAUGGAGAAUGUUGGAAGCUCUCAUUUGAAGUUUGUAACAAGCAGUUUCCAUCUUGUCCAUAUACAGCAAACAGGUUUGAAAGAUUAAUUUACGAGCAGCUGGGUUGUUGGCUAUCAAACUAUGGUUUGAUACUCUAGAUUGUUACUUGAUUCAUUCAUCUCCCAUUUUCAUUAUGAGCCUCACAUCAAAUAAAGUUGUUUUAUUGGAUUGGAAACAAACAGAUAGCUCAUUGGGCAACUUCCUGAGUAUAUGUGUGUAUGUUCAUUGCAUUUAUUUUUACUGAGAGUCCUAACAGUUUUCUAAGAGCCAACCUGUUCAUCUGAGUAGCAGUCUGCAAUUAAAGCUGCUUUGCCAUUUACUAAUGCAGGCCAAAUGCAAAUCAUGGAAAAUUGCCCUGCCACUAGGCUUCCCUCAUACCUGAUGCGUGUGGGGCUGUUUUGUUUUGGGCAGAAAAGGGGCAUUAGGCAGUUUAUAUGUCUGUAUGAUCCCCUUGUGAAUUAACUCCUCAGUAAAUCUGUUUGUGACCAGAAAACUUAGGAACCAGGGACUAAGACUUGAUUGCCCCCUCUGUAAUUCACUGUGUUUAGUCCUUUCUUUCCAAGCUUAGAUUGUAUCAUGUUCAAUGGGAACCAAAAGCUUUACUGGCUUAGGAUUGCCAAGUCAUGGACAGACCCUGAAAGGCUCCAAGAGAAAAUGUAGCUGUUCAGCAGGCUGACUGGGAGUCAAGUUAUAAUACCACUAGUUCAAACAGGUGGGUAAAUGGCCAGCAGGAAAAUGAGGUGUGAAGCUCAGCGGCCGUAGCCUUGCUUGGUGAUGCCAAUGUGCCCUCUUAGCUGCUGGGCAAGGAGCUGACCACCCUGUAGACCUGCAUGGCUAAAACCAAAUGGAUUUUUGAUGAAGGAGGAACAUAAUGUUUUUCACCAUGAAUUUCAAGAAGUCAAGCUGCCCUGUAUUUUUGUUAAGCAUUUCAUUAUCAUUUGAAUGAUCUUGAAGGCAAUUGUGAAGUGUGUCUCAAAAUGUAUUUAUUUCCUGUGUGGUGAGCAAAUAAUAAAAGUAAAUACUUAGUAUUUCCUUC